AGAUUCCUCCCUCCUCCCUCUUCUUCUCCGGUCUUUUCCUAACCUCGGAGCGACAGCAUGGGGGACAGGGUGUGGACAGCGGGCCUUCUUCUCAUCCUGACGCUGGGAUGGACUGAAGCUCAGAGUCAGAGCAACUUCUCCAGGCCCGUCUUCCUGUGCGGGGGCCACCUGGUCACCGACUCCGGCAUCGUGGCCAGCGAAGGAUUCCCCAGCCCUUACAAAGCCAACAGCAAAUGCACCUGGUACAUCACCGUCCCAGAGGGUCACGUGGUGAUGCUGUCCUUCCGCCUCUUCGACAUGGAGGCCGACCCCACCUGUCGUUACGACUACCUGGACGUCUACAACGGUCACACCCGCCUGGUGCAGAAGCUGGGGCGCUUCUGUGGGACGUUCCGGCCGGGCGCCAUCAUCGCCACUUCCAACACCAUGAUGCUGGAGAUGGUGUCGGACGAGGGCACCGGGGGAAGAGGCUUCAUCGCCGCCUUCAGCGCGGGGAAGCCCCACGUGGAAGAGCACCAGUUCUGUGGAGGACGUCUGACUAAAGCGCAGGGCUCCGUGAAGACGCCCAACUGGCCCAACUCGAACUACCCAGCAGGCAUCAGCUGCUCCUGGCACAUCUCCGUCGAACCAAGCAACGUGAUCGAGGUGAAGUUUGUGAAGCUGGACUUGGAGCCUGACACGUACUGCCGCUACGACUACGUGGCAUUGUUUAACGGGGGAGAGAGGGAUAACUCGCGGCGGAUUGGCAAAUUCUGCGGCGACAGGUCACCAGGAACAAUAGUGACAAAUGGGAACGAGCUCCUCGUCCAGUUCGUCUCCGACCUCAGCGUGACCUCAGACGGCUUCAUGGCCCACUACUCCAGCGUACCGCGGGGGUCCCGGGCGCCCACGGCUGGGGGGGACUUUAUCUAUGGGCCUCAGACGACCUCAAUGCCGGGAAGAGCGGUCGUGAAGCCAAGCAAACCCGCCAAACCAACCCCCAAACCACGGCCCGGCUCUAAACCCGUGCCGAAACCGCCCAAAAAGCCACUGGUGAAGAUACCGCUGAAACCUCCGCCACGCAAGCCCAUCAUCAAGCCCUCGGCUAAACCCAAACCCGCCAGACCGACGCCCAAAGCUACCGCACCUAAACCUGGAUUCAAACCCAAGCCUAAACCUACACCCAAGCCCAAGCCCAAGCCAACGCUAAAACCAAGCAUCAAAGCUAAACCCACACGAAAGCCUCCACUGAAGACCAAACCCGCCGUAAAACCUGUCAUGAAACCAGUAAAGCCAACCUCUAAGACCAGAGUUAAACCAGCAGUCAAACCGAAGAUUAAGCCUAAAGUUGCUAAACCUGGAGUAACCAAGACAGUCACAAAGAAGCCUCUUGUGAGAAGCAAACCUUUACCUCUGAACCCGCUGUGUACACAAGCCUGUAAGAAGACCGGCACUCUCCAAUCCAGCUUCUGUCUCCAUGACUUUGUGAUUACGGGUAAGGUCACAUCUUUGACCACUGGUCCGAGAGGCUCUGCAACAGUUGAGGUGUCCGUUAUCAAGGCGUAUAAGGCGGGAAGGCUGAACAUGGUCAAAUCAGGGCUGCUCAUGUCGGUCACACUGGCCUCCACCUGCAAGAGAUGCCCCGGGCUAAUCAAAGGUCGUAACUACGUGUUGAUGGGAAAAGUCGACGCACAGGGCAACGGCCUUCUCAGCCCCUCCAGCUUCUCUCUCCUCUAUCAGCCCGUCCACGGCAAAGCCCUCGCCAACCUCACGCGCAAACCCUGCUGACCGGCUCACCGGCGGGAUGGACGGCCCCGACUAACUGUCUGAUGACGUGUAACUUAAAAAACAAACGUGAAAAUAUUAUGAGUAAUGGUCAACACUUAUUUUUUACAUAAUGGAAUGCUUUCGUAAAAGUGAUUUUGAAAAGGUUUAAACAUACAUAAUUAAGUAUAAUAUUUUGCAUUUAGUAUGUAAGUUAUAAUAUGUCUGUGAUAAAAGAUGCAGAUGAAUUAAACAUGUGAUUCUGGU